AUGCGGAUCGUUGGAACCCUUGUUUAUUCUCAUGUUACAAUCAUAGAGUUAUUAAACAAAGUGGAGGAUCAACUUACUGGUUCAGACGUGAGAUAUUUUCUUAUAAGUUCAGAUCAUUUGAGCGGUUAUCUGGCAAUUCAUCCCCCUGUCUCGCUCUCUCUCUCACACACACACAGACGCACACAAAAGUCUUUCGAUCUCUGUUGUUUAGUUCAGCCUUCGCUGGUGCUGAGGUCACGCAGCUCACGUCCGAGUUCGCCACCGAGGAGCACCUACAAUCCGAUCUCUCCUCGCCAUUCUCGGACAACUCUCCGAUCGUAUCUUCGUUUGUUCCGAUUUUUAUGGGGUUCUCUAUCCAUUGUGGUUAAUUUCGUGGCAACUGAGCGUUGGGAAAGAAUGAAGAGGGCCACGAAAAAGGUCGGGAAAUAUGAGGUCGGCCGAACAGUGGGCGAAGGAACUUUUGCCAAGGUUAAGUUUGCGCAGAACACAGAGACUGGCGAGAGUGUUGCGGUCAAAGUUAUGGCCAAAAGCACCAUUCUCAAGCACAAAAUGGUUAACCAGGUACAAUCAAAACACCGCAUAUAUACCUAG